UGUGAUUCAUUUCUAUGAAUUAAACGUUCACGCGAGCGCGAAAAUGUCUGCAUGUAGCGAUGCGUAAACUUCGUAAAACACGUUUUUGAACAUAAAAUAAUGAUUUUCUGUGGAACCUUAAAUUACACAAAAAAUAGCCUAUUGAAAUGUAAACCUGAAAACUGAGUUACUAAACCUGUUGGUUGGUAGUUUUAUUUAUAGUUAAUCUAUGAAAAAAAAAAAGCAAAAACUUUUGCGAGCACAUGCUAAAGCCAUUAAAUAAAUGUUACGUAAGAUUUUAGGUAAAACGUCCAUUUGCGCAUUAUUUUACAAUCAUGAAUUGGCCCAUAUAUAUUUUGUGUUUAACGUUUUGGGGGACGUUUUAUUUUAAGACCGUAGGCUAUUAUCUACUCGCAUUCAAAUAGACCAAACAGCGGAUUUAGAAAUGAAUUUUCUUUUUAUAGUGGCAAAUUCGCUUUACUUCAUACUCAUGAAAGCCUUUUAAAGCCUAAUCCAAAAACAUCCCUCUGGAAUCUCCCAAAUAACUUUCCUAAUCCUAAUUUGCACACGAGAAGAUACGCGAACGUCAAAGAAGCAGAACCUAAAGGUCACGAAGCGUCAUAUAAGGACUAAACUGAGAGAAACGCUAAAAUAACACUUUAAAAACAGCCACGAAGUCCUCCUGAAAACGCAAACAAUCGGAUCGAUUAUCCUCCUUAUCUAUCCCAGUUGUUUAUUUGAAUCUUUAAAUUAAACUCCUCGCGCCAGUGGAUUCCUUCAGCAAUGUGCCGUUUUGAAACGUAAUGAUUAGGCUAUAUAAACUUUAAACUUUUUAUUUUUUACUUUCAACUAUUUAACUUAAAUUCAAUUUAUCAGCCUUUCUGCGCAUUUAACCGGAUUUCAGCGGAUCUAAACUAAAUCUAUUCAUAAACUGAAUUUAACAUGCUUAUAAGCCUAUAAAUUCCUCUGAACGCCACAAAUAACAUUCGUCGUUUGAUCCAGUAGAUAAUGUCAGUAAUCCCUGCGCGUUAUCAGCCACUACUGUAUCAGCUCCUUUCAUGCUGCUCUUGAAAUUGAGUUUUAAGGCACAACCUUAGAGAUGCCAUCCUGAUUUCAUAUUAAUUCACUCCAACUGUUAGCACACAGGGAGCUCUUCCCAGCUAUUUGUCCUGGAGGAGCCCAGGGUGCCCUUUUGAUCAUUUCAAUCUCUCUCUGGUACAAUAGUUCUGAUUGGCUGAACGAGUAAGAAAAGGGAAAAUCUUUAAUUAAGCAGAUAAUCUCUUGUUGGGAUGAGAGGAGCUCCAUUUCAGAACCCCCUUGGCUCACACAUGAGACCCCCAGCCUCUGAAUUCUGGAUGUAGGUUAUAUAGAGCUCUUGCAGACCCCUCUGCUUUCCAAGGUGAAGAAAAGUCUGCCGGUCCUCUCUCUCAGGAUGUUCAUGCAUUUGGAGUUUUAUUAUUACGCUUUCAUCCUGAUGGCUCACAUGAAGUCUUGCUGCAGUUGGUCAGUGAAUAAUUUCCUGAUGACUGGCCCAAAGGCCUACUUGAUCUACUCCAGCAGUGUGGCCGCAGGAGCUCAAAGUGGGAUUGAAGAGUGCAAGUAUCAGUUUGCGUGGGACCGCUGGAACUGCCCGGAGAGGGCUCUUCAACUCUCCACCCACAGUGGACUCAGAAGCGCAAACAGAGAAACAGCGUUUUUCCAUGCCAUCAGCUCUGCUGGAGUCAUGUACACCCUCACCAGGAACUGCAGCCUCGGUGACUUUGACAACUGCGGAUGUGAUGACACCAGGAAUGGCCAGCGAGGUGGUCAGGGAUGGCUAUGGGGAGGCUGCAGCGAUAAUGUCGGAUUCGGAGAGGCGAUCUCCAAGCAGUUCGUGGAUGCGCUGGAAACCGGACAGGACGCACGAGCCGCCAUGAACCUGCAUAACAACGAAGUAGGACGCAAGGCAGUGAAAGGAACCAUGCAGAGGACGUGCAAGUGCCAUGGAGUGUCUGGCAGCUGCACCACUCAGACCUGCUGGCUGCAGUUGCCGGAGUUUCGAGAGGUGGGCAACUACCUAAAGGAGAAAUAUCACAGGGCCGUGAAGGUGGACCUGCUGCGGGGCGCGGGGAACAGCGCAGCCAGCCGCGGAGCGAUCGCGGAGACCUUCAGCUCCAUCUCGCGUAAAGAGCUGGUGCACUUGGAGGAUUCCCCCGACUACUGCUUGGAGAACCGCACUCUGGGCUUGCCAGGCACGGAGGGCCGUGAGUGCUUGAGGAAGGGCAAGAAUCUGAGCAAAUGGGAGAAGCGUAGCUGCAAGCGGCUGUGCGGAGAGUGCGGUCUGGCUGUGGAGGAACGCAGGGCCGAGACGGUGUCUAGCUGCAACUGCAAGUUCCACUGGUGUUGUGCUGUAAAAUGCGAGCAGUGCCGCAAAACUGUCACAAAGUACUACUGUGUGAAGAGGACCAAACGGGUCACGAACGAUAGUGCCAGCCGCAGGAAAAGCUAUCGGCUGAAGAAGAAGCACUAAAUGUCCUGAACUGUUCGCUACGGCGGUCUAGAAGUUAAGCAGAUGUUUUUGUCUCAGAAUACACCCUGAGCUUGAAUACAUUUCAUGAGCUCAAAGGUCCAUCUGAAUGCUUUAAUGGACACCUAGAUGUCCAGAGCUGAUACUUUAAAUGCAUAUUUGAUCUGUAUUAUUUCACCUAAGCAUUUCAAAAUGACUCCUGUAUACAUUGUAAGAUAGCACUGAACACCGCAUCUAACCAAUAUAUAGCACAAUAGACUGUGAAUAACCUUUUCAUUCACCAACAGUGAUGUACUUUGAUGGAUAAUUUAUUGGAUUGAUCAUUUUUAAAGGAGUUUUGAAUUCACGAUUCGGGCCACUUCUCCAGCUGCCAUCAGAAUCAUUUCUUGUCUGUUUUUAGCAUUCUGAUAAUAGUUUUACCCUGAUACUGUAUAUGAACUGUAAAUAAGAGGAAGCACUUUGUAUAUUGUUAAUUUAUUGCACAGAUACUAUAGUGCUGUUUUUCUAUGAUAGUUUCUUUCUAUGUGUUUUUUUUUUAUUUUGCUUUCAUAAUUAAAAUUAUGUAAUAGGUAUCAUCUUUUAAUGUUUUCAUUCAUUUAGGUUAGAUGAAAGCAUCUGAAUUAACUGAGCCACUUGUUGUUUGUGUAGUAAAACAUCCUCUGCUAAUUUCCUUUGCUCAGAAAUAAAUAUGCUUCAUAGUAAUGAUAAUAAUAAUGACAUUUUUAGCGUAAAAAAUGAAAGAUCCGUCCCACACAUUGUAAAAUUAAAUUAUUUACCGUAGACCGUUGGUCAAACCUAAUGAUUUCUUUGUCUUGGGCAUAUAUAACCCUUUUCUUUCUGUAUUCUUCAGCUUGAUGUCACAUAACCCUGGGGCAGAGAGACAAUGAGAGAGAGCAUUUAAUUAUAGUCUUCCUUCCUUCACGCCUCUCUCAAUUUCUUCUUCACAAAUGCCUUCUUUUCUGUCUUGGUAAUCCUCAAAGCACUCCCAAUGCUUUUGCGCUUGGAUGUUUCUUUACUGUUUAAGACUAGUUUAAUUAACUUUGUUGAGACAGAGGGAAAACAUGAACCAAGUCGCCCCACAAAUCAUCUAGCAUCUAAUUUUGUAUGCUAAUCUCCUUUUUCAUGCUGCCAUCUCGGGAGAAAAAAAAAAAAUGUUGGGAAAACUUCAUGUAGCCUGUGUUGGGCUUCCUGUGGAUGUUUUAUUCCAGGCCCACCUAUUUGGCUCUUUUCAGUCCUCUAGGGCCUUCCUUUGCUCGAUUUAACAAUGAAUGGCGAGCUAAUCAGCUCCCUCGGAAAUGCACUGCUGCUGAAGACGCUAAUCCCUCUCUCCUCCUCCUUCAAUGGGCUGUCGCCUUCAAAAGGACUUUGGGAAAAGGCUUUGCAUGGAUUCACACUGUUUGCUGAAUAGAAGUUAGUUCAAGUAUUGUACCCAAACAAGUAGGGUUUAUAAACAAAUACUUGCCAGCUACCGUCCCAUCUGCAAAAGUGCCAACCCUACAGUAAAACACAGUGACAAAACUGAGGCCCUUUAAAAGUUGACUAAAAAAACUAAUUAAAAGUCUAUUUAUUGGUGAUAGCUUUUUCUGAUGCACUUCUCUUUGCUGUGGUUUCAAUGAAGCACCUCAUUGACAUCUUAUUUGUGAAAAUCAAGAUCAAAAUAAAAACUCCCCUUGACACCUUGUUAA